CCAAGCCAUGACAUGGUAAAAAUAACCGCACAACGUGCCACUGCAAUCGUUACACAAUUUAAGCCUUAUAUGCGGAGAGAGGACAGAUGCAGGUACCAAAGCUUCCCGGGACUAAGCUGUGAUCUGGUUCUGGUUCUUCUAUAACUGAUCUCCUCUAGCUUCCGCUCGCCCGGGGAAUUUGCCGAAACGCGCAUGUGGCCGUGCUGCAACGACAAAAGGUCGUGGAUUCCCACCGAGGUACAACGAUUUCUCACUUGAGAAAAGAUGCAAUUUCUGACCAAGAAAAAACAUGCCCAUCUCAUUUGGAUUCGGAUUCCUUUUUCGGAGUCCGAGUUCGAAAUGUGAAUUUCGACACCACUUUUCCGCCCCACGGGGUUGGAGUCUGCAACACGAAAGGAAAGAAGUUCCCACAUACCUCUCUUUGCGAGUUGAUGUUGAUGUAGUACUCGGUUCCGUCUGGAUGGGGUACGAAAGGUUCAACCAAGAACUGUCGCAAAACACCCAUCACUGUCUCGACCUUUUGCUCCUUGCCAGCACGCUCAGCAAUCCAAGCCUUUGCCUCUGGCCAUGUCUUGUUCAAGGCCAACAGGCCACUCUUUCCACGGCGCUUGAUCAAUUGAUCUGGCUUAGCGACAAAUUUGGAACCGGGGACAAGAAGCCAUGGGUAUGAGACCUCUGCCUGGUCAAGAAUUGCUGAAACCUCUGCAUCUUCUGGGAAGUAUAGAGAUGCGAGCUUUGGAGGGGCGUUGUGUGUGGCGGAUUUUGGGAGAGGAGAUGGCUUGAUGACUGGAGCUCUGGUGAGGUGGUAGUUGAGGAUGGCCUUUCCAUCAGCUUCGAGGAUCGAUUUGGCGGCCAUUUUGAGGUAUGUGAAGAAGUUUCUAGAUAAUCACGCAGAUUAGCUUUCGGUUUCUUGUUGAAGCGGUUCUAAGCUGGAGUUUGUCGAGUGCCGGGGACGCUUCACGGACAGGUUGGAGGUCUCAAGAGCUUGUGGGGGGAAUCGGUUGGUUCACACCUAGUGAAUUUCUCAGGACUUCUCACAGCAGACGGUACUCGACUACGAUCGGUCACAAGGGCUCCUCAGAUAAGAGAGCCGUGCAGCAGAUCUCGAAUGGUAUAAUUGACAGGAUUGGGGGAUAUGGACAGAAUGUGAGGGGUGAACUGGGCGAGGGGAAAGUUCGGAGCUCUAAGAAAGGGCACACAUACCAAAGGGAACCUUUUAAAAGCAGGGCGAUGGGGUCAAGAAAUGGAAUGGUAAUUCAACGAGUCUCGGGAUCGUGGAUGAAGUGGAGGAGAGGAGAAAUUUGGAUGGGGGGAUGGAGUAAGGACGGAGUUCGUACUUUUUUUUUUGGAGGGGACACCAAUACAAGCAGCGGUCGAGCUGAUGGAGGGAUGGAGGGACGAGGGCGGUACGUACGAGUGAACGACCCUACCGUUGGUUACGGACACCGAACCAUUCUGCGCACCUUCCUCGACAAUUUUGGGAGCACCAACGCUAAAUCCCAACAGAUGACAGCACUUUCGGGGUCGCGCCUGCUGCACUGGUCGGGAUUGCCAGGGGUAGGGGCUCUGCUGCAGGGGGGAUUGUGUAAAAGCGGCGUCGAUUUGGCUGGGUCGUCCCUUCCCGUUGCUUCAAGCCACCGCUUGCGCCUGCGCCUACGCCUGUGCCUGUGCCCAAGCUGCGAGUCCCUGAAGCUAUCGCCGAUGACCUAUUAUUACCCUACUCGUCGGUACUAUUUUCACAACGCUGUGUCCACUGCGGCCAUUACUUGUGCUGACCAAAAUCUGGUGGGGAGAAUAUCGAGAUCACGGAAGUGGGAUCUUGCGGUAUCUCACUUGGUGUGUUGAGUUAUCCGCGUCAACCAUUUCGUCAAGACCUGCUCUCUAGGUUUGAUGUCACAAACUGUUGGGCGCCGCUCUUGCCUCUCCGAUCCUGCUUCCCCCCAACCAUUGGGUGACGGUGUGCCUGACAGCAGCAGCGGCCGGCUUUCGCAACACACCAAAAAAGCAUUCCCAGCGCCCACCUUCACCCACCACACCCACACCUUUGGACGAUCCACGCUCGGGUCUUCAACAAGAUAUUGGCUUCAUUCUCUCUCGAUCCCCGAACAAAUCUCCCAUUCUCCCCAUUCUCCCCAUUCACCACUUCUCCCCCCCCCACCAUCUCCUUGACUCCUCUCCCUUGACUUGAGCAUCAAAUACUCUAGUCUUCGGCUUCCUUGUCUGCAGUGGAAAGUCAAUGUAUGUUCCUUUUCCUCUCCCUUGUCAGCUCACCACGUCUUUUCUGCGGGAAAUCUGGAACACUUCAUCCUGCAGGCACUUUUCAACCUUCGACGGAACUACAUCCCAAUUGCUAACCCUCCUCUUUCUUCAGAUUCUCUGCCUCUUUCAAACUUCUCACGAUGCCUGCUGCCACCACAAAUGGAAACGGGGCUGCCCCUCCAUCAAAUGGCCUUUCUGCUAAUGCCAACGACAACAUUCGCCGAUUUGCUGCCCCAAGUCGUCCUUUGAGCCCUCGAGCAGAACACACACUUUUCCACGAUAAGACACGAUGCUUCGUUUACGGUCUCCAGCCACGAGCCGUCCAGGGCAUGCUGGAUUUCGAUUUUAUCUGCAAGCGUAAAACCCCCUCAGUCGCCGGUAUCAUCUACACAUUUGGAGGUCAAUUCGUGAGCAAGAUGUACUGGGGCACCAGCGAGACUUUACUUCCAGUCUACCAAGAUGUUGAGAAGGCUAUGGCCAAGCACAGCGACGUUGACACUGUUGUCAACUUUGCUUCCUCUCGUAGUGUCUACAGUUCUACUAUGGGGCUUAUGGAAUUCCCCCAAAUCAAGUCUAUUGCCAUUAUUGCCGAGGGUGUGCCAGAACGAGUAAGUCGAAGCUACAUGGGCAAAGUCUCAAAGUCCUGUCUAACAACUUAAUAGCGUGCUCGUGAAAUCCUUCACGUAGCCCAAAAGAAGGGCAUUACCAUUAUUGGUCCAGCCACUGUUGGUGGAAUCAAGCCUGGAUCCUUCAAGAUCGGUAACACUGGUGGUAUGAUGGACAACAUUGUCGCCUCCAAGCUGUACCGCAAGGGAUCAGUUGGAUACGUAUCCAAGUCCGGUGGUAUGUCCAACGAACUCAACAACAUCAUCGCCAACACUACCGAUGGUGUAUAUGAAGGUGUUGCCAUUGGUGGUGACAGAUACCCAAGCACAACCUUUAUCGACCAUCUUCUACGAUACGAGGCCGACCCAGAGUGCAAAAUCUUGCUUCUUUUGGGAGAAGUCGGAGGUGUUGAGGAAUACCGUGUGAUUGAGGCUGUCAAAUCUGGAAAGAUCACCAAGCCAAUUGUCGCAUGGGCUAUUGGAACUUGCGCAAGCAUGUUCAAGACGGAGGUCCAAUUCGGCCACGCUGGAUCUUUCGCCAACUCUCAACUCGAGACUGCCGCAACCAAGAACAAGUCGAUGAAGGAAGCAGGCUUCUUCGUCCCAGAAACCUUUGAGGACAUGCCAGCUCUCCUUGCUCAAGUUUACCAAACUCUUGUCAAGAAGGGCACAAUUGUUCCACAACCUGAGCCAAUCGUACCAAAGAUCCCAAUUGAUUACUCAUGGGCCCAAGAGCUUGGCUUGAUCAGAAAACCAGCUGCUUUCAUCUCGACCAUCUCUGAUGAUCGUGGACAGGAGCUUUUGUACGCUGGUAUGCCAAUCUCGGAUGUUUUCAAGGAGGAUAUUGGAAUUGGAGGUGUUAUGUCCCUUUUGUGGUUCCGUCGUCGUCUACCAGAUUACGCUAGCAAGUUCCUCGAGAUGGUCCUCAUGUUGACUGCCGAUCACGGACCAGCUGUCUCUGGUGCCAUGAACACCAUUAUCACCACCAGAGCCGGAAAGGAUUUGAUCAGUGCUCUUGUCAGUGGUCUUUUGACCAUCGGAUCCCGCUUCGGUGGUGCUCUUGAUGGAGCUGCUGAGGAGUUCACCAAGGCCUUUGACAAGGGUCUCAGUCCACGUGAUUUCGUUGACUCCAUGCGCAAGCAGAACAAGCUCAUUCCAGGUAUUGGCCACAAGGUCAAGUCUCGCAACAACCCAGAUCUCCGAGUCGAGCUCGUCAAGGAGUUUGUCAAGAAGCGUUUCCCCAGCUGCAAGAUGCUUGACUAUGCUCUUGCUGUUGAGUCUGUCACGACCUCCAAGAAGGACAACUUGAUUUUGAACGUCGAUGGUGCCGUUGCUGUCUGCUUCGUUGAUCUGAUGCGCAACUGUGGUGCCUUCAGCGCUGAGGAGGCCGAGGACUACCUUCAAAUGGGUGUCUUGAACGGUCUGUUUGUCUUGGGUCGCAGCAUCGGAUUGAUCGCACAUUACCUUGAUCAGAAGAGACUGCGCACUGGUCUCUACAGACAUCCUUGGGAUGAUAUCACCUACCUCCUCCCAAGCUUGUCCAGUGGUGCACCAGGUGCUGAGGGACGCGUUGAGGUUCAGAUG